CGCCGACGGGUUGAUUGAUCUUGACGACAAGGACACGCGCCUGCUCUACGAUCUGGUCAGCCAGUUCCGGCACGACUAAGAGCAUGGCCGAGCUGGAGUUCCCGAGCACGCUGAACGUCAAGCAGCGCCAGACGGUGAUGCUGAUUGCUGAGCGGUUUGGGCUGAAUCACGAGACUAAGGGAGACAACAACACACGCUACAUCCGUGUGUACAAGGGCCUGGAGACGCUGCUGGAGGCGGCCGAGGUGCGUCGCCGGUCGAUGGCCAUGCCUGGUGGCGGCAUUGCGACGGGCGCUCACCCGCAGCCGCGGUACGCCAGCACCGGCGGCCGGUCGCGGCCAGUCUCGAUGAUGUAUCCAGAGACCAUAUCAAUCGGCAGCCCGCCACCCAGCGCGCAGAGCCACCGGGCGUCAAUGUACCAGCCGCACCACUUCCAGCAGCAGGCGGCCAUCUACGACCAGCAGGGCGGGCACUAUUCGCGCGGCCGCAGCCACACACACUCGCAGGGCCAUGUCAGCGUGCCGUCCAGUGCCAGCCAGAUGCACCAGUUCCCGCGCACGCCCGACACGCCGGCGGGCCGCACCAGCGGCAACUACGUCGGGUAUCCGACGCGGCUGUACCAGGACUCGGUGGUGGUUCCGGUGCGCCAGCCGCGCGGGCCCGACAUGCCGCAGAACUUUGUUGGGCGCCAGCAGAUGCACCAGCAGGAGGAGCGCCAGCAGCAGCGCCAGCAGCAGCUCAAGGUGCUGCAGCAGAACCGCCAGCGCCGGCUGUCGUCGGCCAACGAGGAGGGCAGCAGCAGCAACCACACGCCGCUGUCGGCCAAGGCAGCGCCGUUCAAGAUCGAGAAGCCCAUUAGCAAGGCAAUCCCGAUUGUGAAGCCCAAGGAGAGCACCGAGGGCAGCUCCUAGCAAGACUGGCGAGGGCAAGGAGUGAAGUUGUUUUCAUUUAUGAUGGUUUCUUCUUUUUUUCUAUUAAAGCAAAUUCUACCCCCAAUUCUAACUGCGCGUGGUAGAGACCACCGGCUCGGUCUGGGACGGGCUAAGGCUCACAGCAGGUUAAGCUCGGCUGA